GUAUGUAGCAGAGAUGAGAGAGGCGGUGCAUAAACAGAGUGGGCGAAGAUGGCGUCGAGCAAGAAGGGUGGUGGGAGUAGCAGGUUUGAGAAAAGUGUGAAUGGGAGACGCUCGUCGAAACACAAAGAGGGUCCAGUUGUAAUGGACACCAAGGCAGUGUUUGCUGCCCUGUACAGCGUGUGCGAAGAAAAUGCCACGUUCUUCUCAGGAGGAGCCAAAGGGUCGCAGGGCGAUGCAGCGCGGCGCCUGGUGGAGACCAUGAAGCUGAUCCAGGAGCAUGCGCGCAGUCUAGAGCCUGUCGUCUCCGGCUUUGCUGCUGUUUACCAUCACUUUGACUUUGACCCUCAUAUACCUGCCAACGGCUAUCGCUCCCUGGUCAAGUUGGUGCGCUGCUGCUUACUCCACAUCAUCCAGAAGGGGCGCUACAUAACCUCAAACCGCCGCAGCAUCUUCUUCCGGACAGCACACAACGCGGGGGAGAUGGAGGCCUACUGCAACGCUCUGUGCCAGCUGCGAGCCCUCCUUUACCUGGCUCAGCGCAUGCUACACGACAACAGCCAUGGCAACCUAUUUUUUCAAGAUGAAAGCGGCCUCAGCGAGAGCUUCGUCCGUGAAUACUCCUCCAUGCACAAGGGGUGCUUCUACGGCCGUUGCCUUGGCUUCCAGUUCACUCCAGCCAUCCGACCCUGUCUACAGACCAUCGCUAUCGGGCUUGUAGCCUUUGGAGAGAACUACAGACGGCAUCAGUCAGGAAUAGGUGUAGCAGCCAGCUCUUUCUUCAACUCAGGAAAGUACGCUAUCGAUCCAGAGUUGAGAGGGGCAGAAUUUGAACGCAUCACCCAGAACCUGGACGUCCACUUCUGGAAAUCCUUCUGGAACAUCACCGAGACUGAAGUCCUCUCAAGUCUUGCCAGUAUGACAUCCACUACUGUCAAGGUGAACCGGGCCCUUUCUGUACCCCCCAUGGCCUUUGACCUCCCCCUGGCGGCCAAUCACAAAGCAUCUGUAACUAUCACUCCACCGUCAGCGCACCUCGGGCCCGCUCCUGUUCAGAUGAGGCUCAUCUCUUAUGACUUGCGUGAAGGACAGGACAGCGAGGCUCUGCUAUCUCUCUCACGCGCGGAGGGGGGCUCCAUCUCUCUAUCGCUGGGGCUGAAGACCAAACGCCUCCCCCCAUCCCCCUGUCUCCUGAUCCACUUCCAUGGUGGAGGCUUUGUAGCACAGACAUCCAAGUCCCAUGAGCCUUAUCUGAAGAGCUGGUCCCAGGACCUCGGCGUCCCCAUCCUGUCAGUGGACUACUCUUUAGCCCCUGAGGCCCCCUUCCCAAGGGCUCUGGAGGAGUGUUUCUACGCCUACUGCUGGGCUCUAAAAAACCACCAUCUACUAGGUUGGACGGGAGAGAAAGUGUGUCUGGCUGGUGACAGUGCAGGAGGCAACCUGUGUGUAACGGUGACGAUGCGCGCCACUGCCUUUGGUGUUCGUAUGCCAGAUGGCAUCGUGGCAGCCUACCCGGCCACCCUGCUGACAGCCUACGCGUCGCCCUCUCGUCUGCUAACACUUAUGGAUCCCCUGCUGCCUCUCAGUGUGCUCUCCAGGUGUCUCAGCGCCUACGCAGGCAGUGAUCCACAGACGGAGACGCAGAUAGAAAAAGUGAGCACGCUGAGCAUGGUAAAAAGAGACACGGCACUGCUGCUGAGAGACUUCCGACAGGGAGCCUCAAACUGGAUCCACUCUCUGCUGGAUGCAAACAGAGCAACAUCAUCUCCUGGCACAGCUGCAGAGGCGCCACCAGGAGCCACUGGCACCGUGAGGAAGAGCAUCUCAGAAGCCUCCAUCUCCUCUCCUCACGCUGACCCCCCUGUACCCUCCGAGACCUCAGAAUUCCCCACACGGAAAUUAUCUGUCAAGAGCCAGACUUGUCAGGACUUGGGAUCCCACAGCAAUUCCACCUCUCACAACUCACCGCCGCUGUCUGAGCGAGCCCCAGAAGAUGUGAGCUUCUACCUCACCAAGGAUGCAGACCCCUGCUUUUCCAGGGACCUGUCAUCAGUGGCUAUACCGCCCCCUGCUGCAGAGGAGGGAUCAGAGCUGGAGCACCCUAGGGAGUUCCCCUUGGGGUUUGAGCCUCUUCGCUCAAUGCAGCUGGCUGAGAUGAGGGUGGAGGUCUCUCCUGUCUUCAAGGAUCCUUUCUGCUCUCCUCUUCUGGCUCCUGAUAGCAUGCUGAAAGGGCUUCCACCUGUGCACCUUGUGGCUUGUGCGUUGGACCCCAUGCUGGAUGACUCUGUGAUGUUUGCCAAACGUUUGAGGAGCAUAGACCAGCCUGUCACUCUGUGCGUGGUGGACGACCUCCCCCACGGCUUUCUCAGCCUAUAUCAGCUCUCCAGGGAGACGAGAGAAGCUGGCAACGUCUGCGCGGAGAGAAUCCGCGCCGUCUUCACCCAGAACAAUUCGCCCCCGGAGCCGCGCAAGCACCGCAAGCUGGAGCGGACGGAUAGGGGUGUGUCGACCUCUUCUGGGGAAGCCAGUUCUCUCUUCGUUUGCCCCAUUGAGGAAGUGGAGCUGACUGAUGAGAAAGCGGAUAAAAUAUCUGAUGGGGAGGGCUUAGUAGCCGUUGAGGCCCAGAAUAACACUGAUGCUGGUGGCAUUGGGUCUUAAAUAAGGUUAGAUAAAAACAGAAGGACUGCAGUUCUCCUGAGGAGUGAAAAGAGAAAGAGCAAAUGAAAGUCAGAUAAAUUUAGGCAGUGCAAUGCUUAAAAAAGAAGAGAGAGAAAGCAUCCUAAAACACUAAAGGGGAGAGGGCAGUCUAGGAGAUUGCCCAGUUUAGUGAGAGACGACAAAAAAAAGGAGCAAAGCGAAAUGCAACCUCCUCUGCUUUACAUUUCUAUCCACUUGUCUGCAUCGUCAUGCACCGACGCAAAUCUGGCAGACAAAAACGAACACACCCACAGAAGACAGUCGUGUUUUCAAAUCAAAUGGUAAUUUAGCAGCAACACAGAUCAAAGACCUGCACACACCCACACAUGCGACACAGAUACUUAAACAGAGUCGCCGUUAGGCAGUGGAGGCUCGGACACAAAGCAGAACAGAAGAGUCUCGAGACGCGGCCUGAAUGGGUGAUUCAUCCAGGCUAAGGCAGUCAUUUGAGAUCCUAAUCAGACGGCAGCAGGCACACUAUAUGCUUCUGUACACAGCCAUCCUAUCAAAAUGGCCACUUGUCCUAAAGGGAGCCUCUCUAAAUCAGACUAAUAACUCCUCAUUGUGUUCUCUAUUACGCCAGUUUGGCAGUCAAUAUAGCUCACUUUGUGGAUAGUAAGUGUGUUGACUCUGCUAAAUACAAUUACAGAGCGAAACACAACCGACUAAAAGGCUCUAAACUGGAAGAAUUGAUUCACUCGUUUCUAGUUAUUCUGUUGCAGUUUUUUAAUCAUACAUAGCAACACCUAUGCAGUAGUUAAACUUUUUAUUUAUAUCUUUUUGUAUUGCUAUAUUGUAAUCAUUGAAUCACUACAGGGCUGUAUGUUGAUUUUUAUAUUAUUACGUUUGUUUAAUGUUAUCUUAUGCUGUUUUAUUCCAUGUUUUUUGAAUGAUCUCCAUAUUUACCUCUGCUUCUUUGGCACAGCUUCCCUGACAUCCCUGGACUUAUCAGUUGAAAUCAUAUCCUGCUCUCAGUGCUGCAUGCUGACAGGAUAAAGAAGAUGUAGAAUAUAACACAGGGACACAGUGCCCUCCAGAGAUGCUGCCUGUUUUAGACAUUGUUUUCGUAGUGCUGGUAUUAAUAAUGCAAAGAUUGCAUUUCAUUGAUUGCUACGAUGAAUUUAUGACGACGCACUGAGUUGUUUUGAAGACCCUAGCUGGAGAGCUUUGGUCCCAUCUGACAAGCUUUUUAAGAACAAUCACAGUAUUUUUGUGUUAUUAUUUCAAGACCAGGAACUGUUGCUCAAUAUUUACUCCUUUCAACUAAAGGAAGUGAGAGCAAGAAGCAGCAGAAAGCCCGGCCCUCAGCUAUCAAUACUCAUUUUUAACUCCACUGCACUGAUUUCCUCUCAGAUUGCCCCUGUUCCUCACCAGGCGUUAUUGCUCACCACCUCUCUGCACAGUAAGCUGUGUGUCAGAAGUACCACUUCUCUUCAUGCGGGGUAUCUCCUGCCUGACAAUCUGUUUCCACAAAUCGGAGGCUUUUAGGCAAUGCUCCAGGAUCCUCUCAAGGAAAAUAGACUGGAGGAGUGUCAUGAAGCCACUGAACUUGUAUUUUGGCCAACUUAAAAAACAGCUGGUGGUCUAGAUUAGUUUAGCUCCCCUUCAUCUCCUUCGUUAGUCGACUUUGUUUUUAAUAAACUUGAGGACACUCCUUUGAAGCGAGUUGCCACUGAAGCACUUUAAAGUACACAAAAAUGUCCUUCAGAGGGUCACUCCUUCUAUCAGGCCCAACUAAAUAUAGAUGCCAACAAUGCUGGAACUGUCACCGUCCUGCCCUUGCCUGGUAACAGGGCUUGGGUUGCCAGGUCUGUAGAGAGAGAUGCUGUGUGAUGAAUAGGAUUUAGCUGAAGCUGUGAGUGAAAAAUCCUACCCACCCGUAGAAGAGCAGGAUUUUUAAGCAGCAAAGUCAUGCUACAGGAUUAGACCAUGCUCAGUUCUGUCAGCUCGGAGUACUUACUGCAAUAUUUUUAGUCAGAUUGAUGGAGAGAACCAGGACCGUGAAGAAAAAGAAAGUAAUACACUCAUCCUCCUGGAGAUGAUGGGCUGAAGUUUGUACUUGCUUUACUAGCAGCUGUUUAUGCUCACUCUGCACUUUUGCAGUAGUUAAUUUGUCAGUCUGUGCGAGUGUAUAAGCUUGAGUUCCUAUGCAUGUUUAUUUUUACUUUACAUGGUGCCUGUGUGUGGCUAAAAUAGAGUCUGCGUGUGAUCCAAUUUGUCUCAGAGGUGUUUCAGAAACACAAGCUUGCACGGCUUGGGUGCGCCUCUUUGUGUUGUGUUGUGUGUUCACAUAAAGACAGUAAUGGCACUUUACACUCAAGAGACUAUUUGUAGUAUAAAUCAUCAUUUUUUUUUAGAGCGAUCUCUCCCUGUGGGUCAACCUUUUUUAUUUUUUUUCCUGUGAUAAACAUUGACUUGUUGUCCUAUUUGUUCCUCGCUCAUGAAGCCCAGCAGGGUUGAUUGGCCAUAAGCACUUUGUUGUAUAAAUUAUGUUAGCUACUUGCAAACAAAUGUGUCAAAACUUCACCCACUUGCUGUUGUUUGACCUCCGUCUGCCUCUUACCCUUGAUGACCACUCAUGCUUUAGGCCAACCUGGGUGCAGGUGAUGCACCAGAGAGCCCAUCUGGUGUACUGGAGAGAUAGAGUAGUCGGUGCAACCUCUUUUUUUUUUUUUUUACAUAUUCCUGGAACUACUAUGGUUCCACUGAUGCUUUUAUGCUGCCUGUAACUGAAAGCUUGAAUGUGUGUUGUAGUAUUGUUUCAAUCUACAGUUGCUGCUUCAUAGCGUCUCAUUGUUGAUGAUCCACAGACCCAGUUUACAACCACAAAAUGCCCUUGAGAGUGCAUACCAGUUGUUUCAGUGUAAAGCUGUUUUCUUUUUGUUUAGUCCUUCAAUAAUCAGGUUGAACAGCGUACCUCUGCAGUUUUUAUUCCUCGAAAGUUUUCCUUACUUGAGAUUUUCCUUGCCCAGGGCUGAUUUUUUUUUAUUUUUUAUUUGCAAUGCAAAAAAAAAAAAAGCAAUGCUGCUACAAGUAUGAGCUGGCUGCUGAUACUAUUUAGGUCUUGGGUAAAGCUAUGCAGUUACACACCAGCAUCACAACAUGUUUCCUUGCACAGUUCUUGUUUCCACAGUCUCAGAUGUUUAGUUAUGUUUUACUCUACUCAAGGCUGGACUUUAUAAUUACCAAACCUAGAGACGGAACUAUUUCACUCAUGCAUCAAUGCAUUCGACUGACCUCGAACCACUCCUCAGAAAUGUCUCCUUAUAAGAAUACUUAUUUUAUCUGUGUGUUUGAUAUUCUACAGCUGUGGUCUAAAUUUCAAUAAGCACCAAAGUCUGCAGCUAGAUUGGCAUUCUUGCUGUUUAGUGUUUGCUCUCAUAAGGUAUUAUUGAAAAUGUAGGUGCUAGCGAGUGUCACAGCCUCUAUCCAUAUGCAAAUUGCUCUGCACUGUAAAUUGCAUUUCUGAUGUAGAAUAUAUAAGCCUUUAAAAAAAACAAAACAAGCCAUAGACUGGAAACACAGCAUUUUUAAGUUUACUUUUUGAAUUUUAAAGCUUUGUUUUAUUCAGAUCACCAUAAGUGCAAACCUGUGAAUAAAAAUAUGAUGUAUAUUAAACAUUGUAGAUAUUUUUACUUUAAGAUUUGUUAAUCAGAUUGAUUGCAUUUUUGAUUUGACUGCAUUUUCUUUGCAGGUCUCAUACCACAAUGUUGUCUAGGCUGGUUUCUUCCAUUGUUGAUUUUUAUCUAAAUAAAUAUAUUCUCCCAUGAA